AUGAGCGGUCCUUUGCCAGUAAAAAUUAGCCGUCCUCCACCCGUAAAAGAGAGCAGUCCUCCACCAGUAAAAGUGAGCUGUCAUUCCACCAGUAAAAGUGAAUCAUCUUCCACCUUAAAAGUUAGCAGUCCACUGCAAGUAAAUGUGAGCCGUCCUCGACCAGUAAGAGUGAGCGGUGCUCCACCAGUAAAAGUAAGCCGUCCUCCACCAGUAAAAGUGAGCCGUUCUCCACCAGCUAGAGUGAAUCGUCCUCCACCAGUAAUUAAGAACGAUCCUCAACUGGUAAAAGUGACUCCUUCUCCAGUAAAAGUAAGCGGUCCUCUACCAGUAAAAAUCAGCAGUCCACCGCCAGUAAAAGUGAGCCGUCCUCCACCAGUUAGAGUGAAACGUCCUCCACCAGUAAUUGUGAACGGUCCUCCACCAGUAAAAGUGACUCCUCCACCAGUAAAAGUGAGCCGUGCUCCUCCAGUAAAAGUGAGUCGUCCUCCAUCAGUAAGUGAGUCGGCCUCCACCAGCAAAAGUUAG